AUGCUGGUGAAAUAAAACUAGAGUGGUGUAAUAAUUUUACCACUACUGGUGAAAUUGGUGGUGAAUUGAAUUAUGGUCACUAUAUAGUUCUUUGGUAUCAUUUCUGGUUUCAUAAAAAAAAUAUAGAAAUAGAAGAAAUUAUAUUCAAAAGUGAUAUCCAGUAUAAAGAAAUAACAGUUAAACAAGUAGAUACUAUAAAAAAUGAUCAAUAUAAAUUUUAUAGAAAUGGUGAAUUGAUGCUUAAAAAUGAUCAUUUAAGAAAACAAACCAAAAUAGCUAACAAAUCUAUUGUAAGUAGCGAAAGAGUGUUUGAAAAUGAUAGAGAAGACCAGACACCUGAGAUAAUUGAGUUAUCAAGUAAUGAAGAUGACCAAACACCUGAAGUAAUUGAGUUAUCAAGUGAUAAAGACAACCAGAUACCUGAAAUAAUUGAGUUAUCAAGUGAUGAAGUGAUUGAAAAAGACCAAAUAGCUGUUUUCAGAGAUCAAACUCCUGAAACAGAUGUAAUAAACUAUUUGAAUAUGUAG